UCUGUAAGAAUGAAAGUCGACGUGGCACAACUAGAGACCAUCAAUACAAACACGACGUCGUUUGUAAGUUCCAUCAGGAGAUCUCCGAUCUGUUCUUCAUCGUCUUCCCAGAUUUCAGGGUUUUGGAUCUUUUGAAUAAUUUGGCAAAAAAUGGCAGCGAUUUACAGUCUUUACAUAAUCAACAAAUCUGGUGGUUUGAUUUUCUACAAGGACUGUGGAACGAAGGGAAGGAUGGAUACGAAUGAUAGCUUGAGGGUAGCCAGUUUAUGGCACUCUAUGCACGCCAUUUCUCAGCAGCUUUCUCCUGUUAAUGGCUGUUCUGGCAUUGAGCUUCUCCAAGCUGAUACCUUUGAUCUCCAUUGCUUCCAAUCUCUCCCAGGAACAAAGUUCUUUGUGGUUUGUGAACCUGGAACUCCUCACAUGGAGAGCCUCCUUAGAUACGUUUAUGAACUCUACACUGACUACGUCUUGAAGAACCCUUUCUAUGAGAUUGAGAUGCCUAUUCGCUGCGAGCUUUUCGACAUCAACCUUACUCAAGCUGUUCAGUCUGACCGCGUUGCACUCUUAGGACGAUGACCACAAGAUUGAUUGUAUGCUCGGAUAUCUCACUUCUUUGCCUUUUUGUUUUGUUUCCUCUAGUCUUCUUAUCCGGAUAACAUUUUGUACGUGACAACACUUGAACAUUGCAACAAAACCAUCAUUUUUCUGUGUU